AUGAAUUCUGAUAAGCAACCCGAAAACCCCUCCACCCCUGGGGAGUCGUCCUCAAGUGGUCGCGACAAUGGCCCACCUCCGGGGUAUAUGACGGUGGGGACUGGUUCGACACCCGAAGCGGCUGCGCGUCUGAUCUCAAUGCUAGAUCAAGACUCAGGCUAUGGUGGGAGCAUCACUGACGGAGAAGCUGGUCGCUGGCAUAAUAACAUUGGUGAAGACAGACCGGGCGCGCCACCGACGCCCGUCCUCCCUGGCAGCAGCACCGGAUCCGCUGAACAGGACAAGCAACGCAGCCAUGUUCUACAAUUACGCUACAACCAGAACAAGAACGCACUUGGCCGUGCUAUACAUGGGACCAUCGAUAUCCUGAAGGGCUUUCAAGAAGAAAACCUCAAAUGGCCGGCGCAUUACCCUACCAUACCUGCCGAGUCAAAACAGACCUCACACAUCCGCUCGCAAUCUAGACCUGGUCUAGCACACACCCAGUCUGCGAUGGGCGACUUCCAGCCACCCCGAUCUCCCGACCGACCGCGAGGUUUGCGCCGUGCAGGCACGUCGUUAGGGCCUGAUUUCGAGGCUGAGUCCAGUGCUGCAGCGGAGAAAGAACAGAAGCCAGAGCCUCGCCUCAUCACACCGCAACUCGCCCACGACUUUUCGGUGCUGAAGCUUGAGUUGCGCAUGGGUGGACGGACACAGACAGACCUAGUACACUCGUUAGAGAAAGGAUCCAUUGCUUCCCUGCUAGACGGGCAAAUUCAGCAGAGUGUUCGGCAUCUGUAUGCCAUCAAAGACAGAAUCGAGGACACGUCGAGCAAGGUCCUAGUCACCGGUGAUCUGAACGCGGGCAAAUCGACCUUUUGCAACGCCCUACUUCGGAGGAAGGUUUUGCCAGAGGACCAGCAGCCCUGCACGAGCAUUUUCUGCGAGGUCCUGGAUUUCCGGGAGAAUGGCGGUGUUGAAGAAGUCCACGCCGUGCCGCUUGGAUCCGUAUACAACCGUCACGAUGAAAGUACCUACACGGUGUUCGCCCUCAAAGAUCUCGAGAAGAUUGUCAUUGAUAACGAGCACUUCUCGCAGUGCAAGAUCUAUAUUCAAGACAUCCGCUCGGUCGACGAAUCGUUACUGAACAACGGUGUUGUCGACAUUGCACUCAUCGAUGCGCCCGGCCUCAAUGCGGACUCCGUGAAGACCACCGCGGUCUUUGCACGACAGGAAGAGAUUGAUGUAGUAGUAUUUGUUGUUUCAGCAGCGAACCAUUUCACCGAGUCGGCCAAGAACUUCAUCUUCACAGCCGCCCGCGAGAAGGCCUAUAUUUUCAUGGUGGUCAAUGGUUUUGACGUCAUUCGUGAUCAGCAGCGGUGCAAGGAGAUGAUCCUCAAGCAGGUUCAUGGCUUAAGUCCAGCAACAUUCAAGGAGUCAAGCGAAUUAGUCCAUUUCGUAUCCAGCAACGCUAUCCCGGUGAACAACUCUCCUGGCGAUGACGGUGACGAUGACCCUUCGGACAAAGGCAAAGGGAAAAACCCUGAGAAAGAAAGAGACUUUGGAGAUAUGGAGACUUCAUUACGGCGUUUUGUUCUCGAGAAGCGAGCUCGAUCGAAGUUGGCGCCUGCGAAGACAUAUCUAUUAAACGUCCUCGGCGAUGUUCACAACCUGGCUACUGUGAACCGCGAUGUUGCUCAGUCAGAAUUGGAGCGAGUAAAGAAAGAGUUGGAUGCUUUGGAGCCAGAGUUUGAGGAAUCAAAGAAGUCGCGAACAGAGGCUGGAGAGACCGUGGACCGACUUGUGGAAGAUACAACCUCAGAGGUUUACGGACAUACUCGAGACACGCUCCAAAACUGUAUAACCAAGGUGGGAGAACAAGAUCUAGGCAUCGAAUAUCCAGGUCUGCUGUCUGCCUAUCAGUACGCCGAAGACAUCAAAGACUCAAUGUUACAUGAGAUUACGGAAACUGUACGGUUGUGCGAGGAGAACGCGCGCACCCAGGCAGCGCAAGGAUACAAUGGCAUCAAGAAUCUCGGUAUAUUGCACCUUGGUAACAUGCACACCGACAUCAUGUUCCGUGCAGACAGGAUGUACAGGAGAUCCGCUCAUGCGCUUGCCCGCCAGGUUGACAUCGACAUUGAGCUAUGGGACUUCUUUGACGUCGCUAGUCUGUGGGAGCGUCAAGAGAAGGUCGCAGGGACGGGCAUGGCCGUCACCGUAGCGGGCGUAGUGGGCGGCCGUUUGGUGGGCGGCGUCGGUUGGCUAGAUGGUGCCCUGGGAGCGGCGAAGAUCGUUGGCUCGAACAACCUUCGGAGACUUAUCAUUCCUGGUCUCAUUGCAGGUGUCGCCAUCGGAGUCUCGUACAUUCUGGCAUCCGUUCCCAAAUCACUACCGCAUCGCCUCAGUGCGAAGCUUUCGACGCAACUAGCAGCCAUCGACUACACGCACUCCAAUGCUUUUCGAAUCAGCUCUGAGGUCCGCCGCGCGUUGAAGGGCCCCGCGAAGGAAGUCCAGAUUGGCCUCCAGCGCAACGUAGAAAAACUUCAACUCAAGAGGGAGGAAAACGAUAAGCUUAGAGCUGAAGCUUCGGAGGCUAAGAAAUAUUUCUCCAACUUGUUCCGCACGUCAAGCGAGCUGCGCCAGAAUGUGCAGCGAAUCGAUCUGGAAGCUGCACCGCCAGCUGCUGUCAGCGCUGGUUUGUAG